GUCGCCAGGGGGUGCUGGCUAGGUCGUGGGCUGGGACUGGCUGGGCUCGCUGGAGGAGGGCUCGGGUCGGGACGCCCGAGUAGUUCUCCGGGCAUCUCCUGGCUCGCUCUCACCCCCCCCUCCCCCGGGGGAGGCGGCCCCGUCUGGCUAAGGGUAACGGGGCGCGGGGCAGGGCUGGAGCGCCAUGAGCAGCCCGGAUGCGGGGUACGCCAGUGACGACCAGAGCCAAGCCCGGAGCGCGCUGCCCCCGGUGAUGGCGGGGCUGGGCCCUUGCCCCUGGGCCGAGUCUCUGAGCCCCCUCGGGGAUGUGAAGGUGAAGGGCGGAGAGGCGGCGGCCAGUAGCGGGGCGCCGUCUGGGGCCUCGGGACGGGCCAAGGGCGAGUCCCGCAUCCGGCGGCCGAUGAACGCCUUCAUGGUGUGGGCUAAGGACGAGCGCAAGCGGCUGGCACAGCAGAACCCGGACCUGCACAAUGCGGAGCUGAGCAAGAUGCUAGGCAAGUCGUGGAAGGCGCUGACGCUGGCGGAGAAGCGGCCGUUCGUGGAGGAGGCCGAGCGGCUGCGCGUGCAGCACAUGCAGGACCACCCCAACUACAAGUACCGACCCCGGCGGCGCAAGCAGGUGAAACGGCUGAAGCGGGUGGAGGGAGGCUUCCUGCACGGCCUCGCCGAGCCGCAGGCCGCGGCGCUGGGCCCCGACGGCGGCCGCGUGGCGAUGGAAGGCUUGGGCCUGCCCUUCCCGGAGCAGGGCUUCCCCGCGGGCCCGCCGAUGCUGGCCCCGCACGUGGGUGGCCACUACCGCGACUGCCAGGGCCUGGGCGCGCCCCCGCUGGACGGCUACCCGCUGCCCACGCCGGACACGUCGCCCCUGGACGGCGUGGACCCCGACCCAGCCUUCUUCGCCGCCCCGAUGCCCGGAGACUGCCCAGCGCCUGCCACCUACAGCUACCCGCAGGUCUCGGACUACGCCAUGCCCGCGGAGCCGCCCGCCGGCCACAUGCACCCGCGACUGGGCCCCGAGCCCGCGGGCCCCUCGAUGCCGGGCCUCCUGGCGCCCCCUGGCGCCCUGCACAUGUACUACGGCGCGAUGGGCUCGGCGGCGGCGGGCGGCGGACGCGGCUUCCACGCGCAGCCCGCGCAGAGCCCCGCGGCCGGCCCGGGGCAGCCGUCCCCGCCUCCCGAGGCGCUGCCAGGCCGCGACGGCACGGACCCCAGCCACCCCGCCGAGCUCCUCGGGGAGGUGGAUCGCACGGAAUUCGAACAGUAUCUGCACUUCGUGUGCAAGCCCGAGAUGGGUCUCCCCUACCAGGGGCAUGACUGUGGGGUGAGCCUCCCCGACAGCCACGGGGCCAUCUCCUCCGUGGUGUCCGACGCCAGCUCCGCCGUGUACUACUGCAACUACCCCGACGUUUGACAGCUCCGGCCGCCCAGGGGCUCAGGGUGGCACACUUCCUGGAAGAACUAAGGAAAUCCUUAGCCGUGUGCUUCGGUUUUGUUUUUAGUUUUGGUUUUUUUUUUUUUAGGUUGUCUUGGCAUAUAAUUUAUGGUAAUUUAUUUUGUCUGCCACUUGAAAAUUUGGGGGGAGGGUGUUGUGGGGUGUUUGUUUAAAAUUGAUUCAUCCACUAUCCACACACACCCCAUUUCUGAUCUCAAAAGUAACCGUUUGUGAAUGUUGUCUUAAAACAGUUGCUCCAUCCGUUGGAAAUUUAUUUGAUCAAAAUUUUGCACCAAGUGUGCUCGUGUUUAAUCUUUUUUUAAAAAAAAAAAAAUAAAAAUCUGAAGUAUUGGGUUUUAGUUCUUCAUCCUAGCAAUGUCUCUUGUCAAACCAGUCUUAGAAGAAACCUAUGUUUUAAAUCCAUGUUAAGAACCAGUACCACUAGAAACACACACUUAAGUGAAAAUAUCUUGUCUUACCAUAAUGCAGCUAAAUUCCUCCAAGAAGGCCCUAAAAAAGCACAUUAUAACCUGUAGGUGCUGGAAAUUGUUCUUGCUGGCAGGGGGGGGGGGGGGGGAGAACUUCCUAUAAUGAGCCUGCUCAGUUUUUUAAAGUAGUGGUCAAUAUCAAUACUGUAAACAUUCUACAUUCUGCUUUUAAGAGCAGAUUUCCAAAUAGCUUCAUUGUCUAAUUGUCAAUUUUGAGAUUUGCCUAUAGAGGCUUUGCCCCCCACACACACUUUUUUGUGGUCUAUAUUCAUCACGAAUCCUUAUCCCUCACUCAAUACAACUUGCACAACUGGCCUUUAAUCCUCAGUUAUGUAGUAUGGCUGGGAACUAAUCAAAAUAAACAUUGUAUUUCAACUACUAGUCAACACUAGCCUUUAAAUUCAGCCCUUGUUUUUUGCUAUAGGUACAUGAAUCAAUGACUUAAUUUCCUGACAUCUGAGUUGCUACAUGUGGGAAGAGUAUAUGGGUGGAUUUGUGCGUAUUGUGCUUUAAAAUGUGAAUAAAGCUACAGCCCUAACUAUCCAGAGCCCAAGUAACACAGGCGGAAGUAGAUCUGCUUGUUACUGCUGUGGCAUUUUUCACACAUUCUGUAGAUUGAAG